AUGAUAACUUCAUCAUCUUCCUCCCCAUAUAUCAGCGAUCCAUCAGAUCCAAAUUCGGGACCAAGUGGUUACGACGAUAAUCAAUUAAUUGCUUUAAUUAGAUUUCACAGCAUUGAUAUUAUUAUUGGCGGUAUUUCUUCGUUUUUAUGUGCUCUUACUCUUCUUAUUUUUAUUUCUUCAAAACAAUUCUUUUUACAUAAUAAGUUACUAGCCCUUUUGGCAUUAGCUGACCUUUUCACAAGUAUUGGAGUGUUGGAUUUAGGUUUAAUGCGUAAAGGAUUGUUUACAACAGUUAUGGAGACUAGUAGAGUGCCUAUUGAGACCUCUUGGACAUGUGCAGGCAAACCGUUUGUCUAUCUCCGUCUUUUGGGGGCUCUGAUACCCCCAGGAAUUGUCUUUUGGAUUAGUAUUGAACGCUUUGUUGCUGUUUAUGCGUCUGAUUUUUAUAGGAAACAUAUUAUAAAACAGUUGAGAUUUUUAAAGUUAAAUUUUGGAAAGGAUAAUCAAGGUUAA